AUGCCUAACAAUUCCAAGUUUCUUAAGGAUAUUUUGAGUGGCAAGAGAAAGUGCAAUGUGAUUGAUUCAGUGAGUGUUGGGGAGUGUUCUAGUGCUCUCAUCCAUAAUGAUCCUCCCCCAAAGAUGAAAUAUCCGAGGAAUGUUUCCAUCCCUUGCAAUAUCAAUGGCAAUUUGCUCCAAAAUGCUCUUUGUGAUCUAGGUGCUAGUGUUAGCAUCAUGCCAUACUCCGUUUUUAAGAAGCUUAAACUAGGAGAGCUACUCCCUACCAAACUGACUCUUCAAUUGGCCGAUCAUUCCAUUAAGUUUCACAAGGGUAGGAUUGAGGAUGUUCCCCUCAAGAUAGGAGAGUUCACUAUCCCCGUUGAUUUCAUCGUUCUUGAGAUUGCGGAAGAUGACAAUGUACCUAUCAUCCUAGGGAGACCAUUCUUAGCCACUUAG